UCUGCCCGCCAUCAAAACGAGCGUUUGCUGUCUGCAUUAGGGAGAGAGAGAGAGAGAGAUCUGGACCAGAAAUGUGGCCAUCUCUUCGGCGAUCGGCAGAUCGUUUCUCUCUGCAAGAAUUCAGAUACCAAAUCAUUAAGCUGCAAGAGAUUAAAGUUGUGGACACGUUGAACAAGGAGCUUGUAAUGGAUAUAUUGAGAUCAAUAGUAGAAAUAGUCACUUAUGGAGAACGACGUGACCCAUCCAUUUUUGAAUGUUUUAUGGAACAUCAAAUUUUAGCAGAGUUUCUUCGCUUGCUAAACAUCAGUAGAAACUCAGGCAUCAAGGCACAAUUACUUCACUAUCUGAGUAUAAUGAUCCAGAACUUGGAUGGUGAACAAUCAAUCUACUUUUGCUUUAGCAACGAGUAUAUUAACAAGAUCAUACUGCACAAAUAUGAAUUUGAUGGGGGAGAUCUGGCUCUUUAUUAUGUAUCAUUUUUAAGAACCGUCAGCGGAAAACUAAACAGAGAUACUAUUUGUCUUCUUGUGAAGGUUCAAGAGGAUGCAAUAGUGUCAUUUCCAUUGUACACUGAGGCCCUUAAAUUUUCUCGGCAUGAAGAAAAAAUGAUUCAGAUAGCAGUUCGUGCCUUGACUCUCAGCAUAUACAACGUUAGCGAUGAAAUGGUCUAUGCAUUCAUAACAAGGCCUCCAGCAUCAGAUUAUUUCUCAGACUUGGUUCUGAACUUGAGAGAGCUCUGCUUCCAUCUAGAUGUCCUUGUCAAUACUACCAAAGAUAAUUACACUCAUACAAUGAGGAUGGAUUUACUUGCGGAAGCCGAUAAAUUCAUAGAUGAUCUCUACUACUGCAAGGACAUACUCCGUGUUGGCAAGCCUCAUUUGAGUAGAUUGAUGACCCACAAUCUGCUUAGCUUAUUGAUUUUACCUCUACUGCUGCCAUUAUUGCAGCCUUACCAGACCACUGGCUCACCAAUGUCUGCUGUCACCUCUCUGUAUAUAGUUUCUCGACUUCUUCAAGUUAUUGAUGGGAAAGAACUGGUUAACUCUGUGGCAGCUGCUGUUCUUUUUCCAUAUACUGACUCUAGCAUGAGGGAUGGGGGUACAAUCAGUAAAACAGAUUCUGCUGAAUCAUUUCUUGAGCUUUUAAAUGAAUUCAAAGCCCAUCUGAUGGCCACGUCUGCCCCUGACUCUGAAGUAACGGAAAAAGGUGACAUGAAGUGUCCAUCCAGGCAUUUGUGGGAGCAUAACUUAUUUAGUUCCCAUUCUGGCAACCUUUGGAUGGAUGAUAUACAAAGUAAAAGAUCAUCAUUUCUCAUCACGAGCACAUCCUCCAAAUUUUACUGGGAUCCAGUCUUGUUCUUCCAAUCCAUCUUGAGCUUAUAUGGAAGUUGCUUGACACUUAUCUUGAGGAAAGGAAUACUUCAAUUGAUUUUCUCUGAAAACCACACUCUAGUGCUUGCAUCUUUGAUGUUCUUGCUUGUUUUAUCCGAAAGUAAAGACCUUGAUGAUUCAUUGUCUUCUUUUAUGGGAUUUGCAAAGAAGAAAAUUAGAAAAGAUAAGGCGAUUGAACAGGCCACUCACCUCACACCUUCUCAACCAAUGGAUGGAAAUAUCUUUGUGAGGCACGUGCCUCAGAUUUUAAAUGAGUUACUAAAGUUUUUAGCAAGCGAACCACCACUCCCAGUGCUAAGAAUGUGGAGUAUCGGGUGGGCCCUACAAAAACUACUUGCUUGCCAAGAAAAGAGGCUCAUUGAUCAUGAUUUGGAUCUUUUUAAUAUAUCAUAUCAUAAGUCUUGCAAAAAUCUUCUGAAAGAGAUCAACAGGUGCUGGUUUGAUUACAUCCCAAUUACUCUGAAGAAAGAAUGGGAAAGUUGUAAGAAAGCUCUUGAUGAAUCAUCGCAAUCCAAAGAUCCUUUUUUCGCCCUUGAACCUCCUUUGUUCAGAGAUAUAACAGAUGGUGAUAUAUCAUCUCCUCUUGCUUGGCAAAGGAUGGUCCAUGCAGUCAAGGUUUUCGUUCUCCACCAUCUUCUCAAGACUUCUAUAUUGGAGGGAGAUUUCCUGGAAAACCCCUUUUUACACAUGAGAAGCAGAUCUAUGAGUAGUACUUCAGGAAGAACCCUGGGCGUUGAUGUUCUCUCUGUAAAUUUUGGAACAGAGCUGAGCUCAGGCCCAGACAUUCCUUGCAAAAUUGCAUUCUCCAAAGGCAAUGAGAGGGAUAUUUUCUUGAUACCAACGUCAAAGGGAAUUGAAGGCAAAUUGCUUCUUGUGGAGAAACUUCCCCUCCAUUCUCAUCAAAGAGUUGUAGUUGCGGUUGCUCCAUUGGCUGGGUUGAAUCCGAUAAUCGACGAGAACCAUCCAACGUGGUUGCAUUUGCGAAUAAGAGACUAUGAUCCAGAAGUUGAAGCAAGCAAGACUGGUAGGCACCAAUCCAACACUUCUGAUGAUCAUACAGUGGACCGAAGAUGGACGCUUGGAUUUCUGAGUAGUGAGGCUUGUGAAGCUGCUCAUUCUAUAAUUCUGAAGGAAAUAAGCAAGCAAAGAUCAUCUGUGGAAAGCUUACUGGCUCCCUUUCUUCAGUGUUCCCCUGAAGAUUUAUCAUCAAAUGAUAAAGUUAAAUGGUGCAUUGUUGCUCGUUCUCCAUUGAUCAUAUAUUUCCUAGCCACCGAGCAUUGGUUAGGCCUGUUUGACAUGAGAUUUUUCCAGGCAUGGUCCAUCAAUGUUGGGCCGCAUCAGAUCAAUGUCAGCAAAGGCACAAACUGUAACAUUUUGUAUGGAGAUGGCCUUCAAAUGUGAAUCUCAUGUUUGCCAUGUGGCAGAUUGGAAAUGAGCAUACUUAAGAAAUCAUUGUAUGCUGUAUUUUUUCCAGCAGCUAGGAUUUAGAUGUUUAAUUUUUUUAAAAAAAAUUACAAUUUUAACAGGUUUGAUUGAGGGCAUUUCAUCGUCGACAAUUUUAACAGGUCUGAUUGAGGGCAUUUCAUCCACAUCAAUCAAAGCUUUCACGAGCGUGCAAAUUAGGA